ACAUGGCAUCAAAAGCCUUUUACGUUGCACCAAUGCUUCUAUUGGGAAUUUUAAUUCUCUUUGUUUCUACUUUUGCGAGUGCAAGCAGCCGUAUCAGCUAUGAAGAAGGCAUUCAGAAGCCUAACAGUGUUGUGGUGAAGGGUAGCGUAUUUUGUGAAACCCAACUAUCAGAAAACGCCUACUUCUUAUCUGGUGCCUUGGUUGCCGUGGAGUGCAGCAUCAGCAGUAACAGGAAAUGGAAGACCACCAGUGAAAUGGUUUCAGUUGAAGGAGAAACUAAUGAAGAUGGAGAGUUCAGGGUUGAAAUUCCCAUUAUACACAAUCUUAACCCUGGGAGAUCAUGUUCGGUUAGACUUGUCAGCAGCCCCCAUGAAUCAUGCAACAUCCCCUCAAUCAGUGAAUCAACCCAGCUCAUUCUAAUAUCCUCAGAUUCUAGUGGAAUUCAGACCUAUGCUUCUACUCCAUUAUCAUAUAGUCCAUCCCAACAAGUCAUCAUUACAUCUAUCCCUCACCGUCGGGUCUUGCAACUUCCUAGCAUUCCCCCACUACCUAAGGUUUCUCUUCCCCCUCUUCCUAGCAUCCCUCCUCUACCCAAAUUAAGUGUUCCUCCACUACCUAGUAAUCCAAAUGUUGUUGCCCCUCCUCUUCCUAAGUUAAGCUUUCCUCCUUUACCAAAUGCACCUUCUUUUCCUAAGUUGAGUGUUCCUCCCUUACCAAGUGUGCCCACUCUUCCAAAGUUGAGUGUUCCUCCCCUUCCUAGUGUAUCCCCUCUUCCCAAAUUAAGUGUCCCUCCUCUCCCUAGUACACCUCUACCAAAUUUGAGCGUUCCUCCUCUCAGUAUUCCUAAUCCUCCACCUGUACCAAAAAUUAGUUUUCCCCCUCUCCCUCCUUUCACACAACCUCCACUUCCUUCCUUUAACUUUCCACCCUUUCCCUUUUUCACCCCACCUCCACCUUCUAAUUAAGAUAAGGUCAAACUAUUCUCAUUCCCAUUCCCAUUCCAUUCCCAUGAACACAUAUCUAUUAUACUUUGAUGUGACUAGCACAUAGUUUAUAUGUUUUGUUUGAAAGAUUGGCAUGGCAUUCAUUGUAUUUCAUUAUGUAUUUUUCAUAAUUUUGUGUGAUAUACUCUAGCAUUCAUUUAUUAUGUUGGUUCUUAUAUGGAUUGUAAAUCUUUUGACAAAUAUUAAUAAUAGUUUCAUGUGUCUUAUGUUGGAAACAAAAUAUUUGACCAUGCUUUUUUCA